UAUAAUAGAUAUUUAUCCCCCCUUCCGCAUACCCCGGUUUUUCACGGGCUUCUACGAUUACAUGGAGACUAGCAGCCCGGUCCGAAGACGGUCUGAGCGGCAGAGUCGAGUCGAUCAGUACCGGCCGAGAGUCCGGGGAGCCUACGCGGAUCGCGGCAACAUGUACAUCUUAGUGACGCUGGGACUGAUCGUGGUGCACCUGCUGCUGCUGCUCUACGUGUACCUCACGUGGCAUCACAGGUUCUGGCGCAAGAGGGGCUUGGUCACGGCCCGUCCGCUCACCCUGUUGGGCUCCUAUCCGGGACUGCUGACGAGGAAGAGCAAUCUGGUGGAGGAUGUGCAGAAGGUUUACGACAAAUACAAAGGAAAACAUCGGGCCGUGGGGGUGUUUGUGACACGUCAGCCGCAGAUCCUGGUGCUCGACCCGGAGCUGGCCCACGAGAUUCUGGUGCUGAAUUUCCGCUGCUACAAGGACUCGCUGACCAGCUCGUAUAUACGGCAUGCCAGGUGGGACAAGUACGCGCGCCGCAAUCCCUUCUGGGCCUCCGGCCAGUCCUGGCGCAGCCUCCGCACAGACGCCCAGGCGGGGAUAUCGGGGCAUCGCCUAAAGCAGGCCUAUGCCAUUUGGGAGGAGGGCGGCAGGAUGCUAACCAGCUACAUGACGGAUCGGAUUAAGGCGCCCCACAAUCUCCUCGAGACCAGAGACCUCUGCUUUCGCUACACGGCCCAUGUCAUGGCCGAUUUCAUUUGGGGCAUCGAUGCCGGGACCCUGACCCGGCCCCAGGAAUACCCCAACAAGGUGCAGCAGAUGGCCAGCAAGUGGACCAGCCAUGCCUUCUAUAUGAUAUCCGUAUUCAUGGCCUCGAUUGUGGCUCCUUUCAGCCGAUUGCUGCUGCGCCUGCGCUUCUACCCCAAAGACACGGACGAGUUUUUCUCGAGGCUAACCAAGGAGUCCAUUGAAAUGCGCCUCAGUGCCGGCAAUGACCAUUCCCGAACAGAUUAUCUCUCUCAUCUGCUGCAGCUGCGCGAACAAAAGCAGGCCUCGCACGAUGAUCUGGUGGGACAUGCGCUGACGGUGAUGCUAGAUGGCUACGACAACGGAACGGCUCUCCUCCAUGCCCUGUACUAUCUGGCUGAGAACCCGGCAGCCCAGCAGAAGCUGCGCAUGGAAAUCCUCCAGAGCCUCGACACCGACAAGAGUCUCGGCUUCGAGAAGCUGUGUGCCCUGCCCUACCUGGAGCAGGUGGUCUAUGAAUCUCUGCGGCUUAGCAGCCUCAUUCCGCAGUACACAAAGGUCUGCACGAAUGCCACCCAAAUUCAGCUCAACGAAUCAAAGACACUCGAAGUGGAGGAGGGCAUGACCAUCAUGAUACCCAACUAUCAGUUCCACCACGAUAGGAAGUACUUCCCCGAUCCGGAGACGUUCAAGCCAGAACGAUUCGAUGAUGCCGCUCAUCUGGAGCUGAUUCGCAAGGGUGUCUUUCUCCCCUUCAGUGAUGGACCUCGCAUUUGCAUGGGCAUGCGCUUGGCUCUGCUGACUCUCAAGUCCGCCCUGAUCCACAUUCUCAGCGAUUUUCAGGUGGUGCGCGGCAAGCAGAGACUCGUCCCCAAUGGCGAUGCUGGCUUCGGCGUGGUGCUCCAGGGAAAUGUUAAUCUGGAGUAUCGACGCUUUGUUAGAUAGAUUUUUGUCUUUAAAUAUACUUUACAAUCGUUCUAUAUAUUCUA